AUGGCUCUUCAUAUUCAUGAAGCUUGCAUACUUCUGUUGGUCAUCCUUGGAUUAGUCACUUCUGCUGCCAUCAGUCAUGAAGACUAUCCUGCUGAUGAAGGUGACCAGACCUCCAGUAAUGACAAUCUGAUCUUUGAUGACUAUCGAGGGAAAGGGUGUGUGGAUGACAGCGGCUUUGUAUACAAGUUGGGAGAACGAUUUUUCCCAGGGCAUUCCAACUGUCCAUGUGUCUGUGCUCUGGAUGGACCUGUUUGUGAUCAGCCAGAAUGCCCUAAAAUUCACCCAAAGUGUACUAAAGUGGAACACAAUGGAUGCUGUCCUGAGUGCAAAGAAGUGAAAAACUUUUGUGAAUAUCAUGGGAAAAAUUACAAAAUCUUGGAGGAAUUUAAGCCCUCUCCAUGUGAAUGGUGUCGCUGUGAGCCCAGCAAUGAAGUUCACUGUGUUGUAGCAGACUGCGCAGUUCCUGAGUGUGUCAACCCAGUCUAUGAACCAGAACAGUGUUGUCCUGUCUGCAAAAAUGGUCCAAACUGCUUUGCAGGAACUACAAUAAUCCCGGCUGGCAUUGAAGUGAAAGUGGAUGAAUGUAACAUCUGUCACUGUCACAACGGGGACUGGUGGAAGCCUGCUCAGUGUUCAAAACGCGAAUGCCAAGGCAAGCAGACUGUGUAG